CUGAAGGAAGUUCCAGGUAGUCGCUUGGCUUCUCUCUCUGUCUCUUCCAAGUGCUCUCUGUAGUGCAGAAAGGAAUGAGAAGAUUGUAGACACUCUCAGCAAGCAAGCAAGCUCUCUCUCUCUCUCUCUCUCUCUCUCUCUCUCUGCCUCUUUGUUAGGAUCUGAAACAUGAGGAUCUUGAGUUGGGUGCAAAACAAGUUCAAUGGGAGACCAGAGAAGAAGUGUUCUGCUUCUCGUGCUUCAGCUCCUAGAAAUGAACACAGCGAGUGGCCGCAGGCCCUGUUGGCAAUCGGAACAUUCGGCAUCAACGACAUGAAACAAGAUCCACAAAUCGCAGAAAACUUGGAUGCUUCAGAAGACUUGCUUGAUUUCACGGCAGAAGAAGUGAACACACUGCAGAAAGAGCUAGCAAAGCUGCUGAGCCGAAAGCCAAAGUGUAGCACCAGCGGAUCCGAGAUCGCCGAAGAAGAAGAAGAAGAAGAAGGUAGAGCUAAUCUGCCACUGAACAGGUUUCUCAAUUGCCCGUCGAGCUUGGAGGUCGACAGGACCACCAGCUUGAAGCUCGACAACAAUGGCGAUCUCUCCCCCUACACCAAGAUCAUACUGAGCAAAGUGAAGGAUGCAUUACAGGGCAACCGCAAUGCCAUCAGGAAGAAAUCACUCUCAUUUCUUCUGAAGAAGAUAUGUGUCUGUGGGAGUGGCUUCGAGUCACCUCCAAGCUUCAGAGACCCCAUUCCUGAGCCAAGGAUCGAGAAGAUUCUCAAGGCAAUUCUUACCAAGAAGAGCUCUGCUCCAACAUCAAUGAGAAGCUACUUGGAGAGCAAACCCAACGAGAAGUUGCAGGCAUCAAAGGUGGAGGAGGACGACCGUAGGAAAAAUCAGUGUAGAUGGGUUAAGACAGAUUCCGAGUAUAUCGUUCUAGAGAUCUAGAAACCAAUAUGGCAUUGAGUGUCAGUAUGAUCGAAGGCAGCUCUCUCUCUCUCUCU